GCCCAGCCCUGGCUUGCUUGCUGUCUUUGUCUCUUCAUUGGCAUUGAUUAGUCCUCUGAGGAAUCCCAGACUGAAACUUUCACCAAGUCCUCCCAUUGAUUGAAAUAACAACAGUUGACCUAGUGUUCCUCCCUACUUGGUACUUUCCUCCUUCAAAAAGCCCCAACAAACUCUGAUCCAUUCCCAUUAAACCCUUUUCCCAAGUUUCCAUAUUUACCAUAUCCCCUGCAUAUUCUCCCCUGAUCCUCAUCUGGGUUCUCACCCCUUAUCUCCAAUCCUCAUUAUUUCAUCAUUUCUGAUCCAAAGUCUCUUCCUUUUUUUCUUUCUCAAAUCCAGUCUAUUUCAGCUCAUCCUUCACCAAUUGAGCGAAUUCCCCACUUGGGUCUUCUCAUUUCCUUGAAAAGAUUCAAUCUUUUAUAUUUGGUUACAGAAAAGAUUCAACCUUUGCUCGCAUACAAAUCCAUUUUGUCUUUCUUCGGGGAAUAAGGCCAAAUGGGCAAGUGUCUAAGCAAAAGCAGAGAGCCAGAGCCACAACACAAUGGGUACAGAUCAGGAGGAGGAGCUGGAUCACAUUACCAAAAUCCCCAUGAGCCAGUUGCCCAUCACCAACCAAAAGCCUCUGCUCAGCAACACCAUCAGUUACCAGAGAAGCGUGGCAUGGCUGCCCAUCAGGAACCCCAACCAGCUUGGAAGCCGUCUGUCCCUGCCAGACACCCCAAACCAGUUCACAGACCAGACACAAUCCUAGGGAAGCCAUAUGAGGAUGUGAAGCUGCACUACACCUUGGGAAAAGAGUUGGGUAGAGGGCAGUUUGGGGUUACUUAUCUUUGUGCUGAGCAUUCAAGUGGGAGGAAAUAUGCUUGUAAGUCAAUCUCAAAGAGGAAGUUGGUGACUAAAAAUGAUAAGGAAGAUAUAAAGAGGGAGAUUCAGAUUAUGCAGCAUUUGAGUGGGCAGCCUAACAUUGUGGAGUUUAAAGGGUCUUAUGAGGAUAAGCAGUCUGUGCAUGUUUGUAUGGAGCUUUGUGCAGGUGGGGAGCUUUUUGAUAGGAUUAUUGCAAAGGGUCAUUAUAGUGAGAGAGCAGCUUCUGCAAUAUGCAGGUCAAUUGUGAGUGUUGUGCAUAUCUGUCAUUUCAUGGGUGUGAUGCAUAGAGACCUCAAGCCUGAGAAUUUCUUGCUGUCUGGCAAGGAUGAGAAUGCCCUUCUCAAGGCUACGGAUUUCGGGUUGUCAGUGUUCAUUGAAGAAGGAAAGGUGUAUCGUGAUAUAGUUGGCAGUGCUUACUAUGUUGCUCCUGAAGUACUGCGGCGAAAAUAUGGCAAGGAAAUAGAUAUCUGGAGUGCAGGAGUUAUCCUAUAUAUUUUACUAAGUGGAGUACCUCCAUUUUGGGCUGAAUCAGAGAAGGGAAUAUUUGAUGCAAUAUUGGAAGGAGAGAUCGACUUUGAGAGUGCACCAUGGCCGUCAAUAUCACACAGCGCCAAGGACCUGGUCCAGAGGAUGCUGACACAAGACCCUAAAAAGCGAAUUACUUCAGCUCAAGUUCUAGAGCACCCAUGGAUCAAAGAAGAAGCAUCAGACAAACCUAUUGACAGUGCAGUGCUUUCGAGAAUGAAGCAAUUUAGAGCAAUGAACAAACUCAAAAAACUUGCAUUAAAGGUUAUUGCUGAAAAUCUUUCUGAAGAAGAAAUCCAUGGGCUAAAGGCAAUGUUUGCAAACAUGGAUACUGACAAGAGUGGAACCAUCACUUAUGAUGAACUGAAGUCAGGAUUGGCUCGACUUGGCUCUAAGCUGACUGAGGCUGAAGUCAAGCAGCUAAUGGAAGCUGCUGAUGUAGAUGGCAAUGGAACAAUUGACUACAUUGAAUUCAUUACGGCCACAAUGCAUAGACACAAGCUAGAAAGGGACGAACAUCUUUAUAAAGCCUUUCAAUAUUUUGACACGGACAACAGUGGGUUCAUUACUAGAGACGAGCUGGAAAAAGCUAUGAAAGAGUAUGGAAUGGGUGACGAAGCCACAAUUCGGGAUAUUAUAUCUGAAGUAGAUACAGAUAAUGAUGGUAGAAUCAACUACGAGGAGUUCUCCACAAUGAUGAGAAGUGGAACUCAACAGCAGGGCAAGCUAUUUUAACUCUUAGUUGCAUCACUAGGCAUAUAUGUGUAAAUUGAGGAGCUAUAUGCUUAGAUUGAGAGGCACUUUGAGCCAUACAAGUAGGCGAUGCUUGCUUUUUUUUUUUUUUAUUACAAUCCACCAGUUAUAGAUAGUUGCCGUGAUGAUAAAAUUUUACUUCGCAUUGCUUUUGAGUUGCAAGUGGGACAGUUGUGCAUCACAAAGUCAUCAGCUUACAUGUUUGUAUCUUCUUUAUUUUUGACUCCAUCUUGGUUCGUUGGUAUUUUGAGGAAUAAUUAAAAAGGGCUAAUUUUUUAGCUUGCA